AUGGGUGAUGAUAUGUACUUUCCCAACAACGAGUACGUCCCGAACGGCAGCCUCGACAAGUGGCUGCUGCUCGACACCCUGUCCGAGACGCCCACGACGCCCAGGUCGAGGCUGACUUCCUAUUGGGAGACCAGAAUUAAGAUUGUCGAGACGCCCAGGUUGAGGCUGCCUCUGUCUUGGGAGACCAGAAUCAAGAUUGUCAGAGGCGUAGCCAGGGGUUUAGCUUACAUGCACAAUUUGAAAACACCCAUUAUUCACAGGGAUAUCAGGGCCAGCAAGGUGUUGUUGGGUAAUGAUUUUGAGCCGCACAUUGCUGAUUUCGGUUUUGCCAGAAUAAUCAACGGCUCGCUUUCCCACGUGUCCACCCAAGUCGUCGGGACGAGGGGGUACAUGCCGCCGGAGUACAUCCAGGGCGCUACCAUGGCGACCGCCAUGGGGGACGUCUACAGUUUCGGGAUACUUGUGCUGCAAAUCUCGACGGGGGUUAGACCGGAUUCGUUUAAGGUGGAGAGGAAUGGGAAGGGAGUGACGUUUGCUGAAUGGGCUAGAGAAAAGGUGGCUCAAAAUCUGCACAUGGAAAUUCUUGAUGCUAAUAUCUCCAGGGCAGGGGUGCAGGAAUCCGGGGUUGUCGAGUUUCUCCGGAUUGCUCUCUUGUGUGCUAGUUACUUGGACACGGAUAGGCCGCCUGUGAGGGAGGUGGUGGAGUUGUUGAAGUGGAUUCCAACUUGA